AGCAUAGUUCUUUACGCCAUCACGUUACUAAAUCAUUUUUGCUGUUAAAAAAUAAGCUCAGUUUUUUUUUAUUAUUAUUUUUUGUGUUUUUUCUUUCAAUGUCUACUGUAAAAGUAAAUCCUCAUAGACCUUAUUAUACACCUGGAAUACACCAUUAUAAUUAUACUUCAUUACCUUCAACUGACCAAAGUGCACCUUAUUUACUGGAAGACACAAGACGACAUGACGACUUGAAAAACUUUACGACACGAUGCACAAGUUUUGCAUUCUUCAAGUACUUUGUUACUAUGCUAACAAGUCCUUUUGAAGUGGGGACAACCCUGCUUCAGGUUCAAUACUCUCCACAUGAAGAUGUCGAAGUUCUAGGUCCAGCUAUACUAGAGCAAACACAACCCCUGCAAACGUCGCAGUUCUCUGACGAAGAAGAGGACGAUGAGGAAGAUACAUUUUAUAGAAAGCCUGAAAGAAUAUCUAUUGACGCCAAUCGAUUAAAUAAGCUUGAAUUCUUAUCGGUCAGUGUAUAUGACGAUCAAAAUAGGCCAGUUCAUCAGAUGGCACCUAUGCAAGAUGGGCUAUUGGAGAUAUUACGAUUGAUCGUGAAGCAAUCGACUGAAGGAUGGAAAUCAUUAUUUAAAGGCCAAAGGGUGACUUGGGUAUACGAAAUGCUUCGCACAACGCUUCGUCCUGCGCUUGAAGGCUCCUUAAAUGACCUCUUUGGCUUAUACGAUGACACAAUACCUUUGAUGCAUCUUGAUAACAUUACACCAAACAUGACAACACUUGUUGCCUCUCAUCUAGUCGUUGGCAUCCUACUAAGCCCUCUCGAGAUUAUCAGGACAAGAUUGAUCGUUCAAUCUGCCUCGCCUCUAUGCAGCAAGUACAAGGGACCCUUCCAUGCACUACGCACCAUGUAUGCAGAGGAAGGCGGACUCCGCGGCAUUUAUCUUUCCAAAAACUUGGUACCCACCUUACUCUACCAUGGCAUCACCCCACUUUUAUCCUGUAGUAUACCAUUAAUCAUUGCACGCACUCUAGGCAUAUCUCCUGCAGACUCUCCUGUACUUUACGGAGCUGCUGAAUUUACCCUAUCUACCUUGGGAUUACUGCUCAUGCUUCCCUUAGAAACUAUCAGAAAGAGGCUUCAUUGUCAGGUACCUAUGACGGGUGAACCGUUCAAAUCGACUGUCGCUUUACGUCCAGUGCCUUAUCGAGGUGUUUUAGAUGCUAUGUACAAAAUCAUGAAGGAAGAGGGCACACGCAAUAAGUUUAGUCAGCAAAGAAAGCUUCGCAAGAAGAACCACUUUUCCGAAUCAGAUUCAACAACAACCAGUGACACUGACGAAGACGUGUUCCGUCAUCCCAAGCAUAGACAAAUCACAAGUGCUUGGGGUAUCUAUGGCCUAUACAGAGGGUUCACUAUGCAAUUGGCUGCAAAUGUCAUGGUCUUUAUGUUUCAUGCCAUGAAUGGGCUUGAAGGUGUGUAAAAGAAUGGUUCAUUAUGUUGCAAAUUAUUAUAAAGAGAUUUAGCGAUUUUGAUUGGCUCUGUACUUUUAUUGCAUAAACAAAUAAACUUAGCUUCUUUUUUUUUCCU